UUCCUCAGGAGUUUCUACUGGAGCGACGCUGGCCGUGGGAUGCUUGGGGAUAAUUUAGGAAGAUAAAUAUGUGAAUGGAGCGGCAGCUGUGGCGGAGGAACAUUCCCUUUUUACACGAUAAAUAAAAGAAAUGGCGAAUUCUAGUGCUUUUAAUGAGAGCGCUCCUUUGAUUUCCGCAGAAGCUUUCCGAGCGGAGAUGAUGGAGAAUCCGCUCCAGAACUAUCUCCUGGGAAUCAUCAUCUCCAUAUGUGGGAAUGUCCUCAUCAGCAUUUCCCUCAACAUACAGAAAUACGCUCAUGUGCGUCAGGCUCAGCGCGGCUCCAAGCCUUAUUACAUGUCUGCCAUGUGGUGGUGUGGUGUGGUCCUUAUGGGUGUUGGGGAACUGGGGAAUUUUGCAGCCUAUGGCUUUGCCCCGGCAUCACUUAUAGCCCCUCUGGGCUGUGUGUCUGUCAUAGCUAGUGCGGUUAUAUCUGUGGUUUUCUUGAAGGAGACCAUCAGACCCUCUGACAUUGUUGAAAUGAAUACAUUAUUAACUCUCAUAACCUUCCUUUCUUUCUCUCAACAGUUUAUAGAGGUGGUCGUGUUUUGCAUUCUGCUCUAUCUAUACAAGAAGAGGGGUGUGAAGCACAUUGUGAUCGUGAUGCUGCUGGUGGCCCUGCUUGCCUCUCUUACGGUCAUCUCGGUCAAAGCCGUGUCAGGGAUGAUCACAGAGUCGAUAAAAGGCCAGCUGCAGCUCAUCUACCCCAUCUUCUACGUCAUGCUCGUCGUCAUGGUGGCCUCCUGCGCUUUCCAGAUCAAAUUCCUAAAUCAGGCUAUGAAAAUGUUUGAUGCCACGGAGGUGGUUCCCAUCAACUUUGUGUUUUUCACUGCAAGCGCCAUCAUUGCAGGGAUAAUAUUCUACCAGGAAUUUGAAGGCUUGGCGUUACUGAAUAUUUUCAUGUUCUUAUUCGGCUGUCUUCUCUCCUUUGUCGGGGUUUUCCUGAUAGCCCAAAACAGACCAAAGAUAAAGCAACAAGACCGCACUUUCAUCCCCAUGGAUAGGAUUCCUGGGAGGAGGAGCACAGACAAAGUGCAGCCCGAGGCAAAGAGCCAAACAUACGGAUCGCUGGCAGCCAAACUUAUGUGCAACAGAGCCGACCAAACAGACGAUUCAUAGGAACCAUCUCCAUCUGUCGGGACUGCUGCUGUACUCCAUUAGAGAGUCUGUGUGCAGCUUUUCCAGGGUUCAACCAAAUCUGUUAUUAAAAGCAGCAAAGAGAAGGAGUUAGUCCUUAAAAAGAAGUUUUUCUGCCUUAAAAUGUGUUCCCUUAUUGUCUUUUGGCUGCAUUGAGAUAAAACAAGUGAUGCAUUUCUCUCAGUUCAACAGAUUUUUGUCAGGUAAAUAAACUAAACAGUUUUCUGUGGACAGGUGCUAAAUAUGUUUUAUUAGUCUGAGGUUAUGGUAUACAUCAAAAUAAGUGCACUACUGCCCCCUAAAGGUGGGAAAAGGAAUCCUGACUUCCCCCCUUUACUGUUCAACCUCAAUCAUCUGAUGUAAAUUUAUCCAAUUAUUAAAAAAGGAAA